AUGGCGAUUGCUGCGUGGGCUACGUCCUCGGUUCUCGGCGUGGCAUUCCACGCCGGCCUCCAGUUUGUGGAAAUCGACUUUGUUGUCCCUCAAACCGCUGUAUGCCUUGUCGCUUUUGCGCUUGCCGGUCUCUAUGCCGAUUCUCAAAUCUUCCACAAACCCCUCCUCGACUCGGUGGCAUCCCUCGCCAUUUUCGCAACCGGCUUUCUCUCGAGCUUGGCUGUGUCUACCAUCGUAUACCGUCUCUUCUUCCAUCGACUCCGCAAGUUUCCCGGUCCGCUUGGAGCCAAGAUCUCCAAGUUCUACUCCCUGUACCUCUCGCGUAACAUUCAGUACCAUUUCGAACUCGAUAAACUGCAUGAGAAAUAUGGAGACGUCGUGCGAACAGGCCCCCGCGAGCUCUCCAUUGCCCGCAUCUCCCCGCUCAACCAAAUCAUCACGUGCGGGAAGGGCAAUUUCUACGGCAUGGCCGAGACCAGAAUCGAGCGCCAGGGCCUGCCCUUCAAGAUGGAUCCCGAAGACCACCGCAGAGGAAGGAGGGCGUGGGAAAUCUCCAUGACACCGCAGCAAGUUGCCAGGUACAACGACGGCAUGCAAUCCACCAUCUCGCUCUUCCUCGACCGCCUCACCGAGCCCAAAUACCUCGGUAAGCCCGUCAAUGUCACCGACUGGAUCUCUUGGCUGGGUUACGACAUCAUGGGUGUCGUUGGCUUUGGUCGCGACUUCGACUGCCUGCGCAACGCCACCGACCACGCCGCCAUCAAGCAAAUGCACGAAUUCGGCUUUGCGCUGGGUCUGUUGAAGCACGUUCCGUGGCUGGGGAACAUCUUGGGACGCAUGCCUGGCGGCCAGAGCGCAAUGGAGCCCUACGCGCGGUACUGCAGGGACUUGGUGAGGGAAAAGAUGAAGGCCGUCCACAGCACGUCGGAGAAGGCCGAUGCCCCGACGGACAUCUUGGCCUGGCUCAUCCAAGCCUUCGAGGAGAAGAAGCCGUGGGGAGCCAAGACCAUCGAGGGUCUUGACGACGACACCCGCAGCCUCGUCAUGGCCGGAGCCGACACCGCCACCGCCACCAUGACCAACUUCUUUUACUAUCUCAGCCUGCACCCCUCGAUCCAGCAAGACCUCUACACCGCCAUCUCUGCCUCGGUCCCCGCCAGCGCCCUCGCGGACCCCUCGACCCUGACGCCGGAUCUCCUCGACCGCGUGCCCCUCCUCGAAGCCAUCGUCAACGAAACGCUGCGCCUGCAGCCGCCCAUCCCGUCGGGCAACCCGCGCGUCACGCCGCCCGAGGGCCUGUACGUGCGCGACGCCAAGUACGGCGACAUCAGCAUCCCCGGCAACACCGUCGUGCUGAUGCCGCAAUGGGUCAUCCAGCGCGACGAGCGCUACUUCGGGCGCGCCAACGACUUCGUGCCCACCAGGUGGAUCGCCGGCAGCCCCGAGGCGGGCCUGCUGCACGACCGCAGUGCGUGGUUCCCGUUCCAGCUCGGCACGUACUACUGCGUGGGCCAGAAGCUGGCCAUGUGGGAGCUCAAGAGCGUCUUGGCGAGGACCAUCGCAAAGUUCGAGGUCAGCUUCGCCGACGGCGAGGAUGGGAAGAAGUUCAUCACGGGCAGCAGGGAUUGCUGGACGCUGAUGUUGCCGGAGUUGAAGGUGUGUUUCAAGGAGAGGAAGAGCGAGUAG